UCUAGUCGCGGGACUUUUUGCCCUCCAGUUCCCGGGUCCCUCAGGCGGCCACCCCAGUGGGCACACGCCCAGGCGCCGCUCCUGCCCGGCGCUCCCUCCCUCUGCCUUUCACUUUCCAGCUGCCAAGAUCUUGGAAGCCUUAUUUGAAGCUUGGAUCUUUUCAGCCAGACCAGGCCCAAAUGACCCAUGAUAUUCUGGCCCUGUGGCAAUUCUACUAACAGGAGCAGGAAGUGAUGUCUUCAUUUCCGAGACCUGCCUGGCCUGCUGCACAUUUCGGCUUUGCUUCUCAGGGUGCAGUUGGCGGUGUCUGAAGUAUUCUAAAUCCAAGAAGGGAGAGAACGAGAAAGCUUUGAAGCUCAGCAAAGAAGGAAAAUCCAUUGAGAACAGUCUGUAAAGGUUGCGUGGACACUCAUUUUUUUAAGCGCCCAUCUCCUUUGCCUGGCAAGGCUUCAACUGUGGGGUAAUGUCAUUCAGAUUUGGCCAACACCUCAUCAAGCCCUCUGUGGUUUUUCUCAAAACGGAACUGUCCUUCGCUCUUGUGAACAGGAAACCUGUGGUACCAGGACAUGUCCUCGUGUGUCCCCUUCGGCCAGUGGAGCGCUUCCGAGACCUGCGUCCAGAUGAAGUGGCAGAUUUGUUCCAGGCAACCCAGAGAGUCGGGAUGGUGGUGGAGAAGCAUUUCCAGGGGACUUCUCUCACGUUCUCCAUCCAGGAUGGCCCUGAAGCCGGGCAGACUGUGAAGCAUGUUCAUGUCCACGUUCUUCCAAGGAAGGCUGGAGACUUUCACAGGAAUGACAGCAUCUAUGAUGAGCUCCAGAAACAUGACAAGGAGGAGGAGGACUCCCCAGCCUUGUGGAGAUCUGAGGAGGAAAUGGCAUCGGAAGCUGCGGCGCUCAGGGUGUACUUUCAGUGACUUUGAAGGCACAAAAGUAACUUGAACAAAUCCCAAGGCAUAACGGAAAUGGGCCUCGUUCUCUAGACUCUGCGGCAUUGAAAAUGAAGCCAAGCAGACUUUAUUACAUCCUACAAUUCGGCAACCUUUUGCUAAGCAUUUUAUUCCACUUGUGGAAGCCAUCGGGGUUAUGUUUCAAUCACCGUGACUGACAGGCUAACUUCAAAACAAUAGCAUCGACAGCCCUGCCACACUUCCUGGGCUAUGUACUUAGAAUAGAACCUUUUCUAAAUUGUCCCUUGGCCUGGAUGGAAAUAAAAUGGUGGUUAAAAUAUUUA